AUGCAAUACACAUGCCUCACGCUCCUCCUAUUCACCUACACUACCCUAGCAGCACCACAAUCCCUGCCACAACCCACAGACAGCACCCUCACAGUACCAUCCACAGUGAUGUCCAUCCUGGAGUCAUCCAUCCCCUCAGCCGACUUCAGCGCCAUCUGCAACAGCCCGGAGACCGCAGAAUCUGCCAUUCACGAACUAGCUCUUUCCAACCCCGUCUGGUUUCACAGCUUACCUUCCAGUGUUCAAGAAUGGGCUUCCGCCGCCUUUGCUUCCCCCAUUCCUACAUCGGUUGGCAACAACCCAGUUAAGCGUGCCUCCGGCCACGGUUCAAAUCGCAGCAAUAAUGGUGUCGGUGGCUCCAAUGAUCCGAAUAAAACGAGCACUGGUGGUGCAGCGGCGCCUACUGGACCUGUCGCGGUAGGGUUGGUGGGUGCUGCUGGGUUGUUGGCUAUUGCGCUGGGGGUGUGA